AUGUUGUGGUGGCACAGGGGCAAAGCCACUAGAGACAGGAAGUUAGAUUGUAGCUGCAGGACAGAAGACGCCUCCUGCUGUCUCCAAACCACACAAACAUCUACAGAGAUUUAUUCCUCCUGGUUCACUGAAGGCUUUGUCUUUGAAGAUCUGACAUGUGAAGCAGGAUGGGAGCAACAUGGAGGAAACUGUUAUUAUUUCUCCACCAGUAAAUCCUCCUGGACUGACAGCAGACGUUCCUGCACUGAUCUGGGAUCAGACCUGGUGAAGAUCGACAGCAGAGAGGAGCAGAUGUUCCUGGAGAGCAGACUGAGAGGCUUGAUGGAGGACAAUGAGGACAAGUUCUGGAUCGGACUGACCGACUCAGUGGAAGAAGGCAGAUGGUUCUGGGUGGACGGAUCAGCUCUGGAUCAAAGUUUGAGCUUUUGGUAUCAGAAGGAGCCUGAUGACUGGAAAACUGAGAAUCCAGCUGGAGAAGACUGUGUGAGGAUGGGAGAGAGAGGAGGAAGUCAGGAUCUGAGGUGUUGGUUUGAUAAAGCCUGUAAUGGUACACAGAAAAGUAUCUGUGAGAAACCAGCAGCACCAAGUUAUCCAUGUGUCUGAAGUUCAGUUCAGUUUAUAAAACAAUCUGAGAACAGAACCAAAAUCCUGCAGAGAUUCUGGUUCUAUAAACAUUUAAACUUUUCUUCCAGCUAUAUUAAAACAUCAUUUUCUCCACUUUCAUAUUAUUUCUAUCAGCUUUAGUUAUUUUCUGAUCUGCAGCAGCAGCAGACCACCAAGAGAAAAACUCAGAAGCUCUGAGUUACAAACAGGAACCUGGAAGAACCUGCAGCAGAACUUUUCCAUCAGAGUUUAACAGAGGGUUUAUUUCUGCUUCUGGUUCUAACGGGUCUGGAUCCUGCAUGUGACUUGGGUCAGAACAUUUCUGAGGCUCUGCAGCUUCGGAUGAUCCAUCAUAGAGAGCAGAACAUGUGGAAAACCAGAACAUCUCUACUGGUUUGACUGGUUCAGAUCCUCCUUAACAGCAGCUCAAACUGAAUCAGUUCAUGUUCACAGUUCACCUGCUGAACAUCUAGAACUGAAUCUCCCAACAUAAAGUAGUUCCUGUUGCUUCAUCAGUUUAUCUCAUGUGUAAAUCUUUGCAUGGUGUCAUGGAUGAUGGUUUCUGCAGCAGGACUCAUCAUGUUUCCAUGUAGAAAAUAAAGAUCAGAUCCACCAUCAGAGCUCCAGCUUUCAUGUUAUCAGCCUAAAGCAGCAGCUGCUCAUGUAACUGUCAGGAUUAUGAAUAAACUUAUUAACUACAUGAAA